AUGCAGCUGCUGAAGAUUUGUGGGAUAGCGGUACUUAUACUUAUUGGUACCUUUUGUAUUGGUCUGAUACCCAUAUAUUUAGUUAAUGGCAGGUUACGAAGCAGCGAGAGGCUCUUUAGGGCAACAUCACUCUUUGGAGUUGGUAUGAUACUAGGUACAUCAUUUAUGCUAGUGAUCCCUGAAGGUAUAAGUGAAUGUAAGGAUGAAAGUGCGUAUGGAAUUAGCAUGAUGGCAGGCUUCUUGUUUGUUUACAUAGUGGAUCAAACUGUGCGUUGGGCAGAGAGUCGUAAUCCGUCAACAUUAAAUGAUUCAAAUCAUAUAUCUUGUUGGUAUGAUCUUUUGCUAUUGAAUAAGACUGCUAUGAGUGUUGUACAUAAUAAUGUGGUGUUAGCACUAGUUAUACAUGGAUUUUCAGACGGGAUGGUAAUUGGAUUAUCUGCUAAUCAUGAAACUCUAAAUAUGCUAAUAAUAGUUACGAUUUUGAUCCAUAAGAUACCAGCUGUGCUGUCGCUUGUGACAUUAAUGCUCGUGAAACAAGGCCUUAAUAAGUAUGAAGCAUGUUCUAAUUUGCUCGCAUUCUCCCUUUCAACACCGGUUGGUUACAUUAUCUUCUCCAUGAUAAGCAUUUUGUCAGACAGAAUGGACGAUUUUGGGGGAAACUUGUUACUAAUAAGCGGGGGGAGUCUAUUCUAUGCAUCUUGCCAUUCGUUGUUGGAUAAUGCUCAUAUUUUACCGGUAGGAUCGCAGAGCGGAGUCUCAAUUGCAUCUAAUGGUGCACCGGAAACCUUUGAUGUCGACGUACAGUCUUUGGAAGAAGACCCCUGGCACGAAGAGGCACAGAAUAGCAAGGUACCGGAUGCCUUGUAUACACUCUUUGGUGCACUGAUACCAACUGCAUUUUCUCGCUGGAAAUAG